CACUUUGCCAGUCUGCGCGACUUCUUCUUAAUCUCCCCCAUCGUGGACAGCACGACCUCUCAGAAUCCUGUGCCCAUCCACCUUCAAUCCCAUCCUCAUCCUCCCUGAACAAAAUCGUUUGAAUUGCGCACAAUGGCGAAGAAAGGCGGAAAGAGCAAGAAUAAGAGCAAGUCCAAGGGCGGUGCUGCCGCCGCGAAGAAGGUUGCCGACACCCCGGCCGCGGUUGUACCCGAGCAGGAGGUCGAGGAAACCGUCACAAAGAGCGAUGCUGAGCCCGAAACCGUGGUCACCGAUGCUGGCGCAGCCGUAACUGCGGAUGCUACCACCGCUCUUCCCGACACUGUCGCUCAAGGCAUUACCACUGCCCCGCCUGCUGACCUCGCCCAGGAGGCAUCCACCGCGGAUGACGCCUCGCUUCCUAAGGCCGAUGAGCCUGCCACCGACGUUGUCACAGAGGAGGAGCCUGUUACGGUAGCUGGAUUGACCACUACUACCCUGCCCGAGCGCCCCAAAGACACUGCUGUCGAACCAGAGAGCCAUGACCAUCAAGCGAAGAGACCCUAUGAGAGUAGUCUGUUUCACAAGGAGGAAGACCACAAGCCGCCCAAGAUCCCCAAGGUCGAGGAGGACUUGGAUGCCACCACCUCCGCUAAUGCCGUUGAGCCCGUCGGCCAGGAGGCCGUUGGCGCGGCUGCCAUUCCUGCUGACGAGACCAUUGUUCAGCCCCAGAUGGUACCGGGUCUGGGCACUGACCCAUCGGACAAUGUUGAUCAGUUGGAGGCCCCAGAGCUGAGCAAGGAAACGGCCGCUCCUGUCGAAGGUGCUGCUACCAUUCCCGACGCCGCCAAACCCGCGACUGAGGACGCUGUUGUUGAUAAGGCGGUUCCUGAGACUGUUGCCCCUGUCUCCGCAGCCCCUGUCACCGAUGCCGCUGCCCAACCCGAGAUUAUUGACGCUAGCGAGGCACCUGCUACCGAGAAGCUCGACGCCCCUACUGAUGUCGCCCAGACCGAUGUCGCCCAGACCGAUGUCGCCCCUACUGAUGUGAAGCCCGAGACUCUGGAUGAGGCUGCUGGGGAGACGUCGAAGGAGGAGGCAGCUCCGAUCGAGCCCUUGACUACCGCAGCAGCUGCCGAGCCGGCUAUUGUUGUCCCUUCCAGCAUUACGGACGCGGAUACGAAAGCCACCGAUGCGGCUGUAAAGUCUGCAGCCGAGUCUGCUCCAGCCGCCGAGGCCCAGGAACCUCUGCAGGCUGCGGAAGAGAAAGCGGACACUGCUCCUGCCGAGGCCGCAGAGGACAAGUUAGAUGCUGCCAAGGCCAAGGCUCCGGAAGAGACUACUGCUGCAUCGAAGGUAGAGGAACCUCAGCCCCAGACCACCGACUCUCAGCCGGCUUCCGCUGCCAAGGAUGCGCAGAAGACCGACGAGGUUCCUUCAUCAGAGAUCAAAUCCGAGCCCCAGGAGACUCCGGCUGUACAAGACACGCAAACUGCGGGGGCCACUGAGGGAACCACGGGCGCUCAAGAGCCCGAGAGCAAAUCGGCGGCCGACCAGGGCAAGGAUACUGCCAAGCUGGCCGCCAACCGGGCUCAAGAGUCUGCCAAGUCUGAGGCAGCAAAGGGUAAUGCUGAGAAACGCAAGACUGGUCUCUGGUCAUGGCUCAAGCGCAAGGUCAAGGGCGACAAGAAUUAGACCCUAUGAGCGAUGUAUGACCCAAAUGCCCAAAUGGCUGUUGGGGGGGUCGGAAAUGAUUUCCGGCUCCCUCUCCCUUUUUAUACUCUGAUACCCAAACAUGGACGGACGGACAGUACUUAAUCAUUCUGGAACACAGUCGGGAAAAAACGAAAAUCAACAAGACACAAAUGACGAUAUAGAAAAGAAACGAAAGGGAACUGGAAAAUCGCCGUCUGACACCCAGGGUGGGUGGUCGGACCGCGAUUGUACUGGAAUAUGACUUGG